UUUUAGUGCGUGUUUCUUGAUCCACACUCUGGACCAUUUCAUAUUUUUCAUAUUUCACCCAUCAGACCACUUGCUAUAUAAAAAGCAGCCAGUACGAGAGAGUUUUGAGUGAAUAAAAAUGGCGUUGAGCUUAUCAGAGAUAGCAGUAGCAAUAUUAGUGGUUGCAGCUACAACUGUAGCAUGGAGAGUUUUCAACUGGGUCUGGUUCAGGCCAAAAAAAUUCGAAAAACACCUCAAGAAACAAGGCUUUCAAGGCCACUCUUAUCGCUUUCUGUAUGGAGAUACCAAGGAACACAUGUCUAUGUUAAUGGCGACAAGAUCCAACCCCAUUCCCAUCUCCCAUGAUGUUCCUGCUCGCACCACUCCCUUUCUAUGCAAGCUCGUCCGCGAAUACGGUAAAAGGAGCUUCUUCUGGGCUGGACCAGUGCCAAGGAUAUUGAUUAUGGAUCCUGAAACCAUAAAAGAGGUUUUGAAUAAUAAUUUUAAAUAUCCAAAGCCUAAGAUACACCCAAUUUUUAAAAUAUUCGUAGAAGGCCUUCCAUCGCUUGAUGGCAGUAAGUGGACUACACACAGAAGACUUCUCAAUCCUGCUUUCCAUGCUGAAAAAUUGAAGGGAAUGUUACCAGCAUUUGAUUUGUCUUGCUAUGAGAUGACGGUAAAAUGGAUAGAAAUGAUAGGGGAAGGGAGAAAUUCAUGUGAGAUAGAUGUUUGGCCGUCGCUUCAAACAUUAACGAGUGACGUCAUUUCACGUACUGCAUUCGGGAGUAGCUAUCAAGAGGGACAGAAGGUAUUUGAAUUACAAACAGAACAAGCUGACCACGGAUUUAAGGCUGUGCAAUCAGUUUAUCUACCUGGAUUGAGGUAUUUACCAACUAAGAGGAACAAGAGGAUGAAGGAAAUAGACAAAGAAGUACGAUUUGUACUAGGAGGUAUUAUUGAAAAAAAGAUGAAGGCCAUGAAAGCAGGAGAGGAUAGCACAGACUUGUUGGGAAUAUUGUUGGAAGCAAACUCUAAAGAAGUGAGACAGGGAAACAGAAUUGUUGGAAUGAGUAUUGAAGAUGUAAUUGAGGAAUGCAAGGUGUUCUAUUUUGCUGGCCAAGAGACCACCUCAACUUUGCUUGUGUGGACAAUGGUCUUAUUAAGUUUGUACCCGGGUUGGCAAGAUCGGGCUAGACAAGAGGUACUGCAAAUAAUUGGGGAUGGCAAAGCUGAUAUGAGUCAUCUUAAUCAUCUGAAAACUUUGACUAUGAUUCUGUACGAGGUUUUGAGAUUAUAUCCGCCAGUAUCUGGGCUAGUUCGACAGAUAAACAAGGAAAUUACAGUGGGAGAUAUGACCUUACUACCAGGAAUGCAAAUUUUAUUGCCGAUAAAUCAAAUUCAUCGUGAUCACGUUAUUUGGGGCGCUGACGCUAAAGAGUUUAAUCCUGAAAGAUUCUCAGAAGGUAUUUCAAAGGCCACAAAUAAUCAUGUAGCUGCGUUUUUCCCGUUCGGUGCAGGGCCAAGGAUUUGCAUUGGACAAAACUUUGCUUUAGUGGAAGCAAAACUAGCCAUGGCCAUGAUAUUAAGAAAGUUCUCUUUUGAGCUUUCACCAUCCUAUAAGCAUGCACCUGUCAAUAAAAUUACCCUCCAACCAGAAUACGGUGCUAGCUUGAUUUUACACAAGCUUUAAUUGGCACUUAUGAAUAUCUAGAUUGUCAUGAUGUGAUGUAAAAUAGCAAGCCAAUUAUAUAACGCUUAUAUGGAGUGGAGUUACCAUGUCCAGUAAAUAAACAUGAUUUUAAAGACCA